CUCGCGAGGCUGUGAGCAGCCACAGUGCCCUGCUCAGAAGCCCCAAGCUCGUCAGUCAAGCCGGUUCUCCGUUCGCACUCAGGAGCACGGGCAGGCGAGCGGGCCCCUAGUUCUGGGAGCAGAGCAGCAGCAUCCCAGUCCUAGUUCUCAGCCUAACGCCUCGCCUGCCUGCCUGCCCAGUGCAAGGAUGGCCACCAUCACCUGCACCCGAUUCACAGAAGAGUACCAGCUCUUUGAAGAACUAGGAAAGGGAGCUUUCUCCGUGGUGCGCAGGUGUGUGAAGGUGCUGGCUGGCCAGGAGUAUGCUGCCAAGAUUAUCAACACCAAGAAGCUCUCAGCCAGAGAUCACCAGAAGCUGGAGCGUGAGGCCCGCAUCUGCCGCUUGCUGAAGCACCCCAAUAUCGUCCGGCUCCAUGACAGCAUCUCCGAAGAGGGACACCACUACCUGAUCUUCGAUCUGGUCACUGGUGGGGAGUUGUUCGAGGACAUUGUGGCCCGGGAGUAUUACAGCGAGGCCGAUGCCAGUCACUGUAUCCAGCAGAUCCUGGAGGCUGUGCUGCACUGUCACCAGAUGGGGGUGGUGCACCGAGACCUGAAGCCUGAGAAUCUGUUGCUGGCCUCGAAGCUCAAGGGUGCUGCUGUGAAGCUGGCAGACUUUGGCCUGGCCAUAGAGGUUGAGGGGGAGCAGCAGGCAUGGUUUGGGUUCGCAGGGACACCUGGAUACCUCUCCCCAGAAGUGCUGCGGAAGGACCCGUACGGGAAGCCUGUGGACCUGUGGGCCUGCGGGGUCAUCCUGUACAUCUUGCUGGUUGGGUACCCCCCGUUCUGGGACGAGGACCAGCACCGCCUGUACCAGCAGAUCAAAGCUGGUGCCUAUGAUUUCCCAUCACCGGAAUGGGACACCGUCACCCCGGAAGCCAAGGAUCUCAUCAAUAAGAUGCUGACCAUCAACCCGUCCAAGCGCAUCACGGCCGCCGAGGCUCUCAAGCACCCCUGGAUCUCGCACCGCUCCACCGUGGCCUCCUGCAUGCACAGACAGGAGACCGUGGACUGCCUGAAGAAGUUCAAUGCCCGGAGGAAACUGAAGGGAGCCAUCCUCACCACUAUGCUGGCCACCAGGAACUUCUCCGGUAGGUGGCGGGCUGGAGUCCCCGGUACGGGAUGGACUUCCUGUACCGGUCUGCUGGAUGCCAUUGCACUGUUGGGUAGUCAGGUGUCCCCCAGAAGGGUUGCAGAGGAUACAUGAUCCAGGCUCAGCUCACCUAUC